AGAUUUUCUGCAAAAUUCUAAAUUUUCUGGACAGUUUCAAAAAUGGUUGGUCAAUUUGAUUUCAUUCCAUCCAAGUGGCUGUCUUGUUUAUCAAAAAGUCGUCGGAACACCCCAAAGUUGCUCGCAAUGCCUCUGGAUAUUGUGAACCAAGUUUUUGAAAAGCUGGAGCCUGUGGAUUUACUGGUCUUGCGUAAAGUUUGCCAAUGUUUGCGAGCCGCCGUCGAUAAAUUUAGAAUUCAUUUGGAUGAAAUCAGAAUAAUUUGCAAUGGAAACAAAGUUUUCAUAAAACUAAACGAAAGUUGCAUUGAAUACACUAAAACAACAACUGGUGGUGCAAAAGUGUCUUUCAAUAAAAAAAUAAAGAUACUUGAAAAAGGAUCCUACAUGGACAUUGCCGCCAAUGAUUUGGGAUUAUUAUUGAAGCAUGUUUCAAGAUUAUAUUUUGCAAAUUACGUCCCAGAUAUAAAAAUCUUCAUCACAUCAUUUAUAAACGUCUUGAAAGCUAAGAAAUGUAUUCACGUGAGAAGUAUCGAACUUGGCGGCUUACUUUCCCGUGAUGUUCAGUCUAUUCUUCGGUACCUAGAUGCUCAGAAAUUGGAUGAUAUUAUACUAUGGAGAAUUAAAGAAUUUAAUCAAUUGGAACGGCUUGAUUGCUUGGAUCAGUGGAGAAGUGCAAAAACAUUUCAAAGUUGGCAUCUUCCGCUGAAAGAGGCGGAAAUAAAAAUUGAACAACUUUUUCAUUUCAAUAAAUUCAAAAUUAAAUUGGAAAAUUUCUCAAUAGAAUAUGCAGUUAAAAUUAGAGAUGAUCUUUUGAGAAGACGUUCAUUUCAGUACUGCUGCAUAUUAUUUGAUACAAUAAAUUCAAUAACGCUUUUCGAAUUGAAAAAAGUGUUCCAACCGGAUGUUUCUGGUCGAGAUGAACAUCAAUUUGAAUAUUCAAACCGUAACAAUACGUUUCACAUUUUCAUUUUAAAUAGUCAUUUUAUGUGUUCUAUUUCCGAAUAAAAAUCUGGAAUAGAU